AUGACGGCCCCCGAUUCUGACCCUCCAAUAUCGCCCCCAGCUAGCCCAUUGUUCAGCCUGCCCAGAAUACCAUACUUCUUCACUAUCACCCCUUACCCUUUAUCUACCGUUGCAACAGCUGCCCUAAGCCUUCCUUCCUGUCACUCUGCACAACAACAGUCUCUUUUGCGGAUGAAACGUCGACACAAUAGUUCAGACUCUGGUUACAGAGGUCUACAUUACCCAGCAGAUCAUGUCAAUGACACCGAAAUACCAACAUAUGCUAGGCAUGGGGGAUAUAAUCGCCAACAGCAGAUUCAGCCAGAUGGACAGGAGGAAUAUAUUGAGCCUAUAGAGCCAGGAGCCGACAACAUUGAAGGCCGUGUCUUGAAAAAGAUGCGGGGCAUUAAGCUUGACUCUGAAUCUCCUCCCUUGGACAACGUUGAUACGCCAAAUCAACAGAUUAGUGGCAAAUAUCAACAGCAGUCAGACGUCUCAAGGAUGAUUAAAGUUUUUGGGCCUAUCAAAAUCUCAACUAGAGCCUCUGCAGCCAAACCUCCAGAAUCCUUGUCUCAGACGAAUAUAAUCGAGCCAGCUGCAUACUCUGAUAUGAAUAGUCUUCUUCAUCAGAUGCACGCUGCCCGUUUUGGGAUACCUUCAGACCUAUCAGAGGACUCCGGACCGCCUUUAGAUCCAACACAAGAGCAACAGCAAGUUUAUCAACAGGAUCAACAGAAUCAGUAUGAGUCUCAGCAUCGUCUGCCAACGUCGAGGACAUCAUUUGCUUCAAAUACAACAUGGAAUCAAACUCAUAGAUUUGUCCCAGUAAGUAGACAAGCUAUAGAAGAGGAUGAUGAGAUGGUAGACGUACAGGAGAUCAGUCAACAGAACAAUGACUUUCAGCAGUUACCGACACAAUAUGUGCAACAGGGAUACAUGCUGGAGGACCAGUAUCACCAUUUAGCGCAGCCAAGCAGCCAACAGCGACCGCAAGACGAACACAUCAACAACUCCAGUGUAUAUCAAAACAUCAAUGCGCAGCUUCGUGCUGCUUUUCUUGCUCGUGCCGAGCGAUAUCGUUAA